CGGGUCAGCUCUCUAUCCGUGGCCCCGCCGAGGCGGCGCGAGGACUAGGCGCCCCCUGCGGCCCGCGCUCGGCCCUCCGGCGGCGCCGGCGGCCCGGACCCCCUUCCUGGCUGGCCCGACCUUCCUCCCUGCAGUCCCCGGAGCUUGGAGCCCGGCUGGGGCCGCACCGCCCGGGGCCAGGGAGCGCGGCCGAGAUUCCUGUUUGUCUGUCCUACCAGUUCACACUGUCCUGGAAGGCUGGUGUCUCCGUGUUCCUGCCAGCUCAGAAAUCCCCAGUUGGACAACAAGAGCACCUACCCUGUUCUUUCUGCAUCUUGAAUUGAACGUUACCGGGACUCUUGGAGGUCUGAAAGGGAAAUAAAAGAUAUUACGUGCUGCUGAGACUAGCUGGAGGUAGAACAGACCCUCUGUGACACCUGCCUCCGGUCCGUAAUACUCAUCCCUCUCUCAACUCUGCCUGCAGUUGAGCACAAAGACCUGGAGGAGACUCCCACAUCCUUCGGGGAGAAGAAAGGAGGCAGCUAAGCAGAUUAAAGGAACUUGUGGCUUGUGGCCUUUCGGAAAGGGGGAAAGUGAAUCAGAGGCCCGGUGGCAGUUAAUGAGCUGUGAGAUGAGGCGCCUCUGCUGCUGCUGCUGACACCCAGAUUCCAGGCUCCGUCCGCUGCCCUUUGUGCUUCGUGUACAUGUGUCUAUUCAGCGUAUCCGGAGGCGCCCAAACCAGAAUCCAACACGGCUGCCGGGGAGAGACCACCCACCAUGCCCACGGAGACCCUACAGACAGGUAGCAUGGUGAAGCCGGUCAGCCCCGCGGGCACCUUCACCUCGGCGGUCCCCCUGCGCAUCCUCAACAAAGGGCCCGACUACUUUCGCAGGCAGGCCGAGCCCAACCCCAAAAGACUUAGCGCCGUGGAGAGGCUGGAAGCGGACAAGGCCAAGUAUGUGAAGAGUCAGGAGGUCAUCAACGCCAAGCAGGAGCCCGUGAAGCCGGCCGUGCUGGCCAAGCCCCCGGUGUGCCCGGCCGCCAAGCGCGCCCUGGGCAGCCCCACGCUCCGGGUGUUCGGCAGCCAUGCCAAGACCGAGAGCGGCGUGCAGAGGGAGAACCUGAAGCUCGAGAUCCUGAAAAACAUCAUCAACAGCUCCGAAGGCUCCAGCUCGGGCUCGGGGCACAAGCUCAGCACCCGGAACUGGCCGCCCCACCGACCAGACUCCACCGACCUGCACCGGCACUCCUUCGCCGAGUCCCUGAAGGUGUACCCCACGCAGGGCCGCGGCAGCCCGCAGGAGGGCGGCUCCCACGUGGGCAGGAGGCUGCUGGAGCAGUCGGCCGAGUCCUUCCUCCACGUCUCCCACAGCUCCUCGGACAUCCGCAAAGUGACCAGUGUGAAGCCUCUAAAAGCGAUCCCCUGCAGUAGCUCCGCCCCUCCCCUGCCUCCCAAACCCAAGGUCGCGGCCAUGGCCACCGUGAAGUCUCCGGAAGCCGAACCGGUGGAACCGGCCUGCGGCGUCAGCCGAAGACCCUCGCUCCAGCGGUCUAAGUCGGACUUGAGUGACAGGUAUUUCCGCGUGGACGCGGACGUGGAGAGGUUCUUCAACUACUGUGGACUGGACCCCGAAGAGCUGGAAAACCUUGGAAUGGAAAACUUUGCAAGGGCUAAUUCCGACAUCAUAUCCCUCAACUUCCGUAGCGCAAGCAUGAUCAGCUCAGACUGCGAACAGUCUCAGGACAGUAACAGUGACCUUAGAAAUGAUGACAGUGCCAAUGACCGGGUGCCAUAUGGCAUUUCUGCCAUCGAAAGAAAUGCUAGGAUCAUCAAGUGGUUGUAUAGCAUCAAACAAGCUAGAGAGUCACAGAAGGUCUCCCACGUGUAAGACCGAGUGCGUGCAGAGGAGGGAGGGGUGGGUCUCUGUCUGUACAUCCGCAGUCGUGAAGGUUGUGAGGUCUCCUUGAAGUGUUGUGAGCUUCUCCACUCUCUUUGUGUUGCUCGUUGUGCAAUGUUUCCAAGUUGCAUGCCUGUCAACAUGGGGACUGACCUGGCUUCCACGUCAACCAUCGCUGCAGAGCCUGACUGAACACAACGUCAUCUGCCAAGAGUUUCAGGCCAGAAUCCGGUUAGGGCUUCAAUCUUAAGCAAAACUGUUUACACGAAAAACGGUAUACAACUUCUUCGAUAUUUAUGUGGUGUGUUUUUAUAUCCCGCGCUCUUAUGUCUUAAUUAAAGGUUUUAUCAACUGGCUUUUAAGUUGAGAGUAGAAUCUUUUUGAAAUAAAAAGCCAAUUUGCCUACAUGUGAGCCCGAAACAGUGGGGAAAAUCCAUGGGAUCUGCUACCAAACAGAUACAGUGACUGACCUAAGCUAGAGAACCAGGCUGGGUUUUCUGAGGAAGAAAGCGGUGAGCCUGAUGUUAAUCAUUUGCGAUUGGAAUUCUCCUGCCACUUACUAAAGUAGUGGUUAGGGCAACAGUGCUACGUUUUGUGUCCAAUUAAGUGUGUAAAUGUUGGUGCUUCUGUGUAAUACCCCAAGGAAAGACAAUCAGAAACAAUGAAGGUGAUUAAAUCUAGGAGUUUGGGGGUUGGGGUUUUUGUUGAUGUUCUGAUUUGGGUUGAUUCCGAAAUUUCUACUAUUAAUCUUAUGACGGGAAUGACCAUCCUAAAGCUGAUACUAAAUGUCUU